GCCAGCAGACCCGCUUGGAGCGCGCUGCGGUCGGACCUCCGUCAGCCUGCUGGUGUGGAACCGUUUGGAUCGGAACCGCUGCAGAUGAAGGUGGAGGGCUUACAGGACGAUGGGGAGACCGGCCCGGUGUCUUCAGUAGACCGUGGAUCCGUGGGAUCGGUGUGCAGCAUCGGCUCGGCCGAGCGCUGCAUGUCCCGGCUGCUGAGCGCCGUGGAGAGCGAGCUGCAGGCCGGCCGGGAGAAGGGAGACCCCACCGAGAGGGAGCUGAAGGUGACCCUGGAGGACGCCGAGCUGUGGAGGAAGUUCCAGAUCAUCACCAACGAGAUGAUCGUCACCAAGAACGGACGCCGGAUGUUCCCGGUGCUGAAGGUCAGCGUGUCGGGUCUGGACCCCAGCUCCAUGUACUCCUUCCUGCUGGACUUUGUGCCGGCCGACAGCUGCCGCUGGAAGUUCGUCAACGGGGAGUGGGUGGCGGCGGGCCGGGCCGAGACCCGGUCCGAGGGCCGGGGCCACGGCGGCAUCUACAUCCACCCGGACUCACCCAACUUCGGGGCGCACUGGAUGAAGGCCCCGGUGAGCUUCAACCGGGUCAAGCUGACCAACAAGGUCAACGGAGGAGGACAGAUCAUGCUGAACUCGCUGCAUAAGUACGAGCCCCAGCUGCACAUCGUCUGCGUGGGUUCUCUCCACCGCCUGGUGUCCAACGUUUCCUUCAGGGAGACGCAGUUCAUCGCCGUCACCGCCUACCAGAACGAGGAGAUCACGGCUCUGAAGAUCAAGUUCAACCCGUUUGCUAAAGCGUUCCUGGACGCCAAGGAGAGGAACCCCGCAGGACGGGUUCUACCGGACCCCCCAGAGAACCGGGUCGGGAUUCAGCCCUGUUGGCCGCUGUGCUCAGCAGGAGGGGGCGGGGCUUUCCCCUACGCCAGCAGCCUGCCCCUGGCAUCCCAUCAUCACCAUCACCAUGGUUACAAGCCCCCUGGUUACCCGGGGCGACACACCCCUUACCCCACGGCCUACCUGCCGCACCGCCCCCACUCCUCAGUGAACCUCCUCUCUGAAGGUGUUCAGGUUCUACAUGAAGGCUGGAGCUGCUCCUCCCCCCGCCCAGCCUCCUCUUCCUCCUCCUUCUCACCUUCCUCCUCCUCCAUGCCUCUGACCAGCAGUGCUCCGUCCUCACAGGCUCCGCCCCCUCCUCACAGCUCCAGCCAGUAUCCCUGUCUGUGGACCGUCGGCUGCUCCGAGAUAAGCCCCUCCCACUCCCCAUGUGCUUCACUCCACGGACCAAUCAGCAGCGAGAACAUCGUCCAGCCCGCUGGUCAUGGGCGAGUGGGCGGGGCCGGGUGGUCACCUGGCCACACCCACUCUUUCUGAGCAACAGCUCUAGAAGAGCAGAUGAAGAAUUUCCAGGAACCGACGGAACCAUGAAGAUGGAAGCUGGAGAACCGGGAUGUGUGGAUCCUGUGGUGUAAAAGUAGAUCACGUGGUUAUAAGUGGGAGAACACAGCGAUUACAUUUAGAAUCACCAGGAAAUCCUUUCAGGGAAGAUGAAAACUGCUGCACCUGUGCAGCAUCCAGCUAAUGGUAUUCAUGUAGAUAAUUAAUCAUAAUUAAUCAUAAUUAAUGCUUAAUGUGACUAAAGUGACUCAAAGUGACUCGUGAUUUCAUUUCACCUGACAAACAUGCUUAAAGUGUAAAAAAAAAAGCUUUGAUGUUGAGUUUUAAACAUAAAGUGAUGCUUCAGCGCCCCCUGGUGUCAGUGGUAAAAUAUCUGCUCGUCUAGUUAUGGCCCGAUGUUAGUGUGGAAAAAUAAAACUUUAAAUGUGUAAAUGAUGCUUUCUGUGACGUUUGUUGGUUUUAAAACAUUAUUAUUACUGUGUUAUUUUAUAUUGUUUUUUGUGAAGAAAGAGACGAACGUUGUUUGGAUAAUGUAAAGGUUUAUGACUAAAUAAAACAAUAUGCACCUGAAA